GAGGGUGGGCCAGUACAUGUGCGUGUGUAGUCAGUACUGGAGGUUAUUUUGAAAGUGACCCCUCACCGCCGCGGACCGCACACAGCUGUCGGGAACCAUGACACAAGAUGACGGAUACGGUUGUCGUAGAGGGACAAGUCAGACUCCGUGAGGGGAAAAAGUGGAAAAACAGAUGGGUAAUUCUACGAAAACCUUCGCCUGUAGCAGACUGCCUGUCCCUGCUGGUGUAUAAGGAACGUGGAGAAAAAAGCAAAGGACAAAGGGAAAGGAGUCAAGCCACGUUGAGGGAUAUCUGUGGACUGGAGGCUCUUCAGGGGUUUGAUGGAGUGAAUUAUGUGCUCAGUCUGAUCUGCCUGAGCCAGUCUGUCAUGCUGGGCUUUGACAACAAAGUUACUCUUCUGGCCUGGGAUGCUCGUAUCCGCUACAGCCUUGGGGAAGUUCACAGGUUCAGUGUUAAUGUCCAGCCAGGCACCAAACUAGAAAGUGGCCCCGCCUCCCUGCAUUUGUGCAAUAACUUGCUUGUUAUUGCCAGAGACCUCCCCCCAACUGUCAUCGGUCAAUGGAAACUGUCAGACUUGAGGCGUUACGGCGCCGUUCCUAAUGGAUUUGUCUUUGAGGGCGGGACAAGAUGUGGCUACUGGGCUGGUGUUUUCUUUCUAGCGUGUGCAGAAGGAGAACAGAUCAGUUUUUUGUUCGACUGCAUCGUUCAGGGCAUAUCGCCAAGCAGGGGGCCGUUUGGACUGCGCCCAGUCCUGCCAGACCUAGGUGCUAACCCAUUGUCUAUAGAAGACAGGAUUAGCCAGGAGGCCAGUGAACUAGAGAAGCGACUCAGUAUGCUGUCUAUAUGUAGCCAACACAGCAGUGCAGCCUCCACCUUCAGUUAUGGUGCCUCCAUGGCAGGAGAUGAUAGGAGUAUCUCCAGCUCCUCCUCUGAGACCAGCCAGUCUGAUAACAGCUUGGGCAGCCGUCUGGCAUUGUGGUCCGAGCCUGUCAGACAUCCCACCCCUGUCGAACCUUCAUCAUCAUCAGUGGCCACGGGACCCAAGAGCACAGCCUUUUCUGUCAGCACGUCCAGUGACGAGCGUCUAUAUGGAGCAGGUACUGGAGGUCUCCGCCCCCCAUCCAAGCCACCACAACCUAGGGGCCUUCAAGAGGCGGGACGCCAGAGCUCAACCGACAGUGGUAUUGCCACAGGGAGCCAUUCCUCUUAUUCUGGAAGCUUCUCUUCUUCAUACACUGGUAGCAUGGAUAUUGGACAUGGAGAGACUGAGGAGUUUGGAUCCUCGAUAAGCCUCCCUCAAAACACUUUGGUACGGACAAUAACCCACAUACCCGAGCACGGGUCAUGUGCGUGUCCCCGUAGAGACGCUGCUGAAAUGCAAGCCACUGGGUACUUGGUACCCAAUCCAGCUUUGCAGCAUUAUGAUGUCCCCCGUCGGCUGGCACACCACCACACCUUCGAUCAGGAGCAGUCUUUGAUACCUGCAGACCAGGAACGGAGGCCUGAGAGCGGAGGAGCUGUGAGAAAGGAGGACACGUCUGCAGAUGCCACUGUGCCAGUGAGAUUAAACUGGUGUGGUGAAGCGCCUCCUGAAGGCUCAUCAAUGACAGAAUUACAGCCAACCUUUUGUCCAGACUGUGGGGGCGACAAGGUGUUGGAGAGGAGCAGAUGUGAGAUGAGCAGCAGUUCGGAGCAACAGAAACCUUUUCAUGAGACUCACGCAGAUCCAAAAGGCAAUUAUGAGCAAAUGGCAUUUAUGACUGAUGCAUGCAGGUGGCCACAGUUCAGAGCAGGAGAGUAUGGAUGUUCGCUGCCUUGCCCCGGGGACAUGGGACUGAUGGUUAUUGACCGAUUUCAAAGUGAUUCUGCAAACUAUGUGAAUAUACCGGUCAGUCCUACAUCUAAACGGCAGCUGCAUUAUAUGGAGUUGGAUCUGCAGGAUCGACAGGAGUCGAGCCACACCGUCAGAGCGUCCAGCUCAAGCACCAAGUACGCCCACAUUGACAUCACUGCUACUGAGACAGUACAGAGGGUGGGAGCCCAGCAUGCACAAGGCAGAGAGCAGAGACUACAGGAACUUGAACAGAAGAAAAGAGGAACUUUACCCUGAACAUAUCAAUACAAAUAUGCAUACAUAGAGUGCAGUGAAAUCCAUAUUUAUGACACUUUUUUUUUACAAAAUUUCAGAUUACCAUUUUUUCUUUUAAAUUCAUGGUAACACUUUAUAGUGACUUUGUUAUACAUUAAAUAUAAUAACUAUAGUAGUAAAAUUAAAUUAUGCAUACUUGCAACUAAACCUACAGUAAGUACAUGUUGUUAAUCAUUAUUACUUAGUACUUAAAUGUACAGUAUAAUAACACUGCAACAUGGACAUCGUAAAAUAUAGUGUAACUAAGUCCACAAUAAAUGCAUUUAAUAGCGGUCUUUUAUGGACCUCACUUUAUACAUAUACAUAAUUGCCCUUUAAAUGUAAUGCAUAAUACAUGACUGUGCUAAAUAAUUAUUGUAAUUGCUAAAGAUAUUUCUAAAUUUUAUUCUGUGUAAUUUUGUAGAUUAAUGUGUUGUCUACCAUUUUUGAUAUUCACAUGGAAUUAGUAAGGUUUUACUGAAACAAAACACACAUUGACUGUUAACAACUGUAAAUAUAUUAUCUUUGGUGACCAAUUUUACUUUGUACAUUUACACAUUUAAAUAUUUCAUAAGAAACAUGCUACAUGUAUGAAACAUGUAUUUUUUCAGAUAUUAUUUUCUGACAUUUCUAUAUUGAACAUAGUAGUAAUAAAGCUGUC